CGGGGCUACCGCAUCGAAAUAUAACUGCUUUGGACAAAUCUCGGUGGCUUAAUCCGCACUCCACUGUGCCCGAAGCCGAACCCACUUUGCCAGAUUUUUAUAACACUCUGUAGAUUGCCGAAAAAGUGUCUUGCGUGAUACUGAGGCGGAGUGCCGUAGACAGGGAGACGGAAUCGGCUGGCGCGGAGACGGUCUGCAUUGUGUGAACAUUCUGGGUUUUUGGCAAUGAUUUGUAGCUAUUCUGUGGUUGUGUCAUGGUAAUUUAUCAGGGCAGGGAGUUUGGCGUGCUGCGUGGGUGUUGAGAUAGAAGGUAUGAGCUUAAGGGGGAUUGCUAUGUCAUCUUUGACAGCGGCGCAGUCUCGUGGUAGUGCUGUUGCUGGUGCUGGGUCAGUGGUUUCGAUGUCGUUCACACGAGCUUUGAGGAGUGGAGUGUCGUUGGCUAGCGUGAGGAGAACUGGGUUGUCGUCUUUGGGGUCGGUGGGGUGCUGUCGGUUGCGGAUGCCGGUGCCAGUGGCGGUGAAGCAGUUGAGGACGUAUUCUCAGGGUUCGAGGGUGGCGGCGAUGGGGGGUUUCCAAGGGCACGAGGUGGAGCUGGACACCACGAACGAAUUUCCGAGGCCCAGCAGUGUGCGGUGGUCGAAGGAGAUGGCCAACACUGUGCAGUUGAUUGGGAAUGUGGGACGGGAUAUGGAGAUCAAGUACUUGGACACCGGGAAAGUGGUGGCUAAGACUAGUUUGGCUGUUCAGAAAUAUGGUCUGAAGAAGGACGAGCCUCCUAGCUGGUUGGAGAUGGAAUUCUGGGACUCUCUUGCUGAAAUUGCUGGCCAUCAUUUAAAGAAAGGAGACCAGGUGUAUGUUGUGGGGAAAUUGACGGUGGACCAAUUCACGACAAAUGGAGUGGUCAAAAAAACGGUUAAGGUUGUAGCGACUGACGUCCAUUUCGUAGAAGGUAGUCGAGCUUCAGCGACUGGCAAUGCGCAAAGUGGUCGUAGCUUCUCAUCACCUUCCUGGACACAAGCACCUCCAGCACCAUCUCAAUCUCAGUCACGUUCUGGAGCAGAUAUGUAUGCUGCAGCUAAUGCCGAAACAGAGAAGCUAUGGAAUGAAUAUUUUUCAGAUCCUAAUCAAUGGUGGGAUAAUCGAGCUAAAAAGCCCAGCCCAAAGACUCCGGAUUUCAAACAUAAGUCUACGAACGAGGCAUUAUGGAUAGUGAGCAAGAAGACUCCAUCGUGGGUACCAGGUCAGCUGGAGAAACUGGAAGCAGCAAAGCAGAAAUUUAUUGCGAGUGGUGGAGGGAUGCCGCGUCAAUCAAACAGUAUUUCCGGGGUAGAUUUCAAAGAUUUCUGAAGAUGGUGGAUCUUUGAUUGUGCAGUGUUUCUUUUGUCCUGGAAAGUUCUAUACGGGUUUUUUUUUUUAAUUUUAAUUUUUAAUUUUUUUUUUUGACUAUCUAACCUGUGUUCUUGUGGUUACCGUCACAAGAUCACUCCAUGUUAGUGACCAGGAUCAAAUUUGGUGUUCACAUGCUAUUACCAUAAAACUACUUAGCUAUGGUACAUGAUGAAAGUUUUUAGGUCAAAAUUGGUCACUUCUGGGUUUUCGGGAUUGCAUGUAUUUAGAAAAGACACUAUCUUUUUCUCCUCUUGGUAGAUGUUUAAAGGUUGAAAUUUCGAUAAUGAUCUAAUGCAUGCAUAAAAAGGUCUGUGACCAAUUUUGAUGA